UAGAGUAAGGGAAUAUUGGGAGGGGGAGAUUGGCUGGUUGUAGGUAUAGGUAAACAAGGGUGGGGUGGUGGUGUGUGCAAUUCAUCAGUUUUGUGUGUAAGCCCAUAAAUCUCUCUCAUCCUCUGACCAUCUCUCCACUACUAGUCUCUAUAUAUAAACUUCAAUCUAAAUCUCAACCACUCUGCCCCAAAACCAACCGUACUUUUUUUUUAUAUCCAUUUCUUUCUUGUUCUUUCUUUCUCAAAGGAAAAAAACAGAAAAUGAGCUUCAAUGCAGCAGCGCGCCAUUACUGGAGAUCAAUCCUGGUGGCGAAUGGAACCGGAGGAGCUCGAUCAUUUGCAUCUUCGACCAUUCCCAAGAUGAAACACUUCAAUCCAACUGCCGAUUCUGUCCACUCUCACCACCCUCCUCCUAAGUCCAGGAUGGCAGCUUUAAAGGGUGACUUCGUACCAAUAGCGGUGGUGUUUGGGUUGGUAGCGGUGGCACUUGCAAUAGGGGUUCACACAGCCAAGCAGCAGCUGUUCCACUCGCCAGCAGUUCAAAUCAGCAAGAAGAGGAGGGAGUCCAUCCAGGAGGUGGAAGAUCCCGAUUACGUCAUGGUCGACUCCAACAAGUUCCUCAACAAGUCUUUCCUCAGGAAGGUCGCUCAUAUUCAGGACCACGACCCCACUCAGACUAAUCCUACCAGGCCCAACAUCUACACUCGAUCCAAAGAAGUUGAGUCACUGAAAUCAGUUGGAGCAAAAGAGUGAGGUGGGCAUUGAGACGACCAGCCAGAGUUCCAAAUUCAAGAAGCUCUCCGACCAAAUGUUGAUUUGUUUUAUUUAGGAGAUGGGUGUGUUUCACUCUUCUCUGUCAAAAAUGUUGGUUUCUUCAAUGACUUGAAUCCUUCCCUCUUUUUCUCUUUUUUCUUUUCCUUUUCUAACGGUUAAACAGCUUUCAAGGCUGUAGUAGUGUUACUGUAUGUAUCCUCCCUGUUUCUCUUUUAGGUGGUCGAAUGAAACUGGAGAAGUGAUUUUUAUUGGUUUU